AUGCCUCUUCAUGUCUUGCCCGCGCUCCUUGCCGACGCCCCCCGCGCCGUGGCCAUGGAGAGUCGGGCCUACGGUCCAAGCCGGGUCAGCGCUGCCCUCUUCCCGGGCCCGCGCCCGCCAUCCGGCGACGACGUCCGCGUGGCCAACCUACGCAACAGCCUCCGUGACGACGACGCAUGCCGCUGGGCCAAGGUCAUCGACACCGACCUCCACGUCGAUGCCGACGCCGACGCCGACACGAGCAUCAUCGCCUUCUCCAAGUGGUACUUCUGGACCGCCGGUCGAGACGAGCUGCCGGCGCCAUCGCCAUGGGGUCCCGGCGCGAACGCCGACGCCUGUGAGCUCUACUUUGGCUCCAUGCGUGGCGAGUGGACCAAGAGGAUGGCCGGGAAGCCGCAUGCCUACUUGAAGCUUCUGCAUACCGACCCAGAGCACCAGAGGCGAGGGGCUGCCUCCAUGCUGCUCAGGUGGGGAGCUGCCGAGGCCGAUCGCUUGGGCCUCCCGACCUAUCUCGAGGCGUCCGAGGAGGGAGCGCCGCUGUAUGAGAAACACGGCUUUCGUCCAGUCCACACCAUCGUCACCGACUUGUCCCGGUGGAACGGUCCGUCGAAUGCCAAAGUAGUCAUUAUGCUGCGACCUUUCUCCGACUCGGCGUCGUGA